AGGUUCGGAGCGGACGGCUGGUCUGGUGGGAGCGGGAGCCAUGGGAGACCUCGAGCUCGAGCUGGGCGGUGCCCAGGACGACUUCCACAGCCAGUUCGCGGACGAGCUGGAGGUGCUGGCGGAGCUGGAAGGGACGGCGGCCCUGUCAUCCCCCAGGGACCCCUGGCCCACGGUGGGCCGGUCCCGGCUGACGUCCGAGGAGGCCGUUGCUGGAGGCGACGCUGCCACUCCUUGCUCUCCAGGUGGACGUCCAGGAAACCACAAUGGCAGUGCGACGAAGAGGCAGCUGGCCGACCACGUCCCGAGGGACACGGCUUUGCCCCCCACCCCCAGGGUCAAACGGCUUAGGCUGGAAGUCGUCAAGAAGCUGAACUUCAGGCCCGAGGAGAUGGAAGAGCCGCCCCUUCCUGACUCCCCUGCCAGGGGCAUCACCCCCCCACCGAGUCCCGAGGUCCCCACUGAGCUGUGGGGCAAGGGGCUCUUGGAUGCUGGUGCUGAUGUGGGUCUCCUGCAGGCCUCGCCAGCAGCCCGAAAUCCCGUCCUGAGGCGGCCCCCUGUCCUGGAGGACUAUGUCAGUGUGACCUCCAUGGGUGGCUGCCGGGCUUUUCUGGUCCUGCGGGCUGACCCAGUGGGCACAGGGGUGCAGCAGGCUGACAUGAAGGGUGGGCACAGGGGUCCUCGGUGCUGGCCGUUCCUCCAGGCUACGCUUUCUUUCUUACAGUUCACUAACCGCUGCCUCCUCAAGUGGCUAAAGCUGUGGGACCUGGUGGUGUUUGGCCGAGAGAGGCCUGCUAGGAAGCCAAGGCCCAGUGUGGAGCUGGCCCGGGGUGGCAAGGAGGCCCCAAGCUCCAGCAAAUGGAAAAGCCAUGAGCAGGUGCUGGAGGACAUGCUAGAGGCUGAGUUGGACCCGAGCCGGCGGCCCCGGCAGAAGGUGGCACUGCUGUGUGGGCCCCCGGGGCUUGGCAAGACCACCCUGGCUCAUGUGAUUGCACGGCAUGCUGGGUACUGCGUGGUGGAGAUGAACGCAAGUGAUGACCGCAGCCCUGAGGCCUUCCGCACGUGCAUCGAGGCGGCCACGCAGAUGGAGUCGGUGCUGGGUGCUGGCGGGAAGCCCAACUGCCUGGUCAUCGAUGAGAUCGACGGGGCCCCCGUGGCUGCCAUCAGUGUUCUUCUGAACAUCCUGGACCGCAAGGGCCCACAGGAUGCAGAGUCAGGGGAUCAGGUUCCCACAAGUGGGGGACGGCGGCGCCGGGCCGAGGGGGGGCUCCUGAUGAGGCCCAUCAUCUGCAUCUGCAAUGACCAGUUUGUACCCUCCCUGAGGCAGUUGAGACAGCAGGCCUUCCUGCUCUACUUCCCAUCCAUACUGUCCUCGAGGCUCACGCAGCGGCUACAGGAGAUCUCCCUGCGGCAGGGCAUGCAGGCUGACCCGGGCGCACUGGCAGCUCUGUGUGAGAAGACAGACAACGAUAUCCGUGCCUGCAUCAACACCCUGCAGUUCCUUCAUGGGCGGGGCCGGCGGGAGCUGAGUGUGCAGGCUGUGCAGGCCACACGAGUUGGCCUCAAGGACCAGCGCAAGGGGCUCUUCUCUGUGUGGCAGGAGGUGUUCCAGCUGCCCCGGGCCCAGAGGCAACGCUGGGGCCAGGACCCGGCCCUGCCCCUGCACAUGCUCCCGCUCCAUGAUGGGCACCUGGGUGUGGGGCCCCGUGCUGCCGAGGCGCCUUUGACCACGGCUUCCCAGCGGUUCUACCACAUCCUGCACGUGGCUGCCUCCGCAGGGGAGCACGAGAAGGUGGUCCAGGGCCUGUUUGACAACUUCCUGCGCUUGCGGCUACGGGAUUCCAGCCUGGGGACCGUGUGCGCAGCCCUUGACUGGCUGGCCUUCGAUGACCUGCUGAGCCGCGCCGCCCAUCACGGUCAGACUUUCCAGUUGCUGCGCUACCUGCCCUUCCUGCCGGCAGCCUUCCACCUGCUCUUUGCGUCCAGCCACGUGCCGAGGAUUGCUUUCCCCAGCAGCCAGCAGGAGGCCCAGAACCGGACCAGCCGGACACAGAACCUCAUCCAGACGCUGGUGGCGGGCAUCGCACCUGCCACCCGCAGCCGAGCUGCACCUCAGGCUCUCAUCCUGGAUGCCCUCUGUCUGAUUCUGGACAUCCUUGCGCCCAAGCUGCGCCCUGUGAGCACGCAGCUGUACAGCACUCGUGAGAAGCAGCAGCUGGCCAGCCUCGUGGGCACCAUGCUUGCCUACAGCCUCACCUACCGCCAAGAGCGCAUGCCCGACGGGCAGUAUGUCUACAGGCUAGAGCCGAACGUGGAGGAGGUCUGCCGCUUUCCUGAGCUGCCUGCCCGCAAACCCCUCACCUACCAGGCCAAGCAGCUCAUUGCCCGCGAGAUCGAAAUGGAGAAGAUGCGGCGGGCAGAGGCCUUGGCCCGGGUUGGGGACAGCCCCCAGGUGGGCAGGGUUCCCCCAGGGGCCGAGGCUCCAUGGGGGGGUGCCGGGGACAAAGGGGCACAGCCGCCCACCUCACACAGCCACGAGGGGCAGCGGCUAGAGCAGCGGCUGGAGCGCAUCCUGAAGAGAGCGGCCCUGGAGGAAAAGCCUGAGAGGGACUUCUUUGGUCGUGUGGUCCUCAAGAGAGCGGCAGCCCUGAGUGCAGGAGAUGUGGCCCCGGAGACCGACGCGGCUGAGCGGCACAUAGGCACGGCGGUGGGCAGGAGUGACGUCUGGUUUCGCUUCAAGGAGGGCGUCUCCAAUGCUGUGCGGCGCAGUGUCUACAUCAGGGACCUGCUGUAGCCGGGGUGCACCUGACACCGUGAGCCCAUGCUGGAUACCUCCGGAGGCCCAUGCUGGAUGCCCCGGGUCCACACAAGACGCCCCAGGGCCCCACGCUUGAUGCUGUCAUGUUGCGAGUUCUCCGUCAGAAAAUGUACAAAAGCACGGACGCUUUCAAAAAGUCUUUAUAAAAGUCA